AUGAUCCAUGGAGAGGACGUCAUCUAUGCGUUUAAGUACUUUUACUCGAGCAACUUAAAUUAGCAGUUAUUCUUCGUUGUUGGUCCAUUUAUCAUGACGGUCAUGUGCAAGCCAAAUUUGGCUCUGUUAUAAGUGUUACUGUUUAGUUGCUUUUGCAUGCUGAAACCAAUAUCCACAUUCUGUCCCCAGGGUGGAAGUUCUGAUCAGCUUUAUGAUUCAGUACAUUCUCAGAUCUUUACAUUGCCAAAAGAUACAUUUGUGUAUCCUGCUCAUGACUACAAGGGAUUCUCUGCGACUACUGUGGCAGAGCAGAUGCAGUAUAAUCCCCGCCUCACAAAAGAUAAGGAAACAUUUAAAAACAUAAUGGCAAAUUUGAAUUUGUCAUAUCCCAAAAUGAUAGACAUAGCAGUCCCUGCCAACAUGGUUUGUGGGUUGCAAGAUGUUGAAGCCGAAGCCGCCUCGUGAUCUUGGAAAGGUGUUGAUAAGCCAAAGUCGCCUAUGCGCAAUAAAGUUGUGAGACUUGAACAUAAAAAUGCUGUUUAUUGUGGUGGAAUAGAUAUGUAUUCAUAACAAUGGAAUGUCUAUUGCACAAGAUUUUUACCUUUUCAAAACACUAUUGAAGAAAAUAAUAACAACUUAUACAUGGAUA